AUGGACCUCAAUAAUGAGACGUUUCUCGUCACUUUCAAUAACGAUCAAGACUAUCUCAAUGCGCUCACCGGCGGACCGUGGGUAAUCCUUGACCACUACCUUGUCGUCCAUCAAUGGUCACCUUCUUUCCGCACCUCAGACAAGCCGCAUCGAUCAGUGGUGGCCUGGAUCCAGCUACCGGAGUUGCCAGUACACUUCUAUCACCGGGAGGUACUGUUCGCGCUGGGAAAUCUGAUAGGAAGAACAGUGAAACUGGAUUAUCACACGGAACAUCUCGAAAGGGGGAAAUUUGCUCGACUUGCUGUUGAGCUGGAUAUGUCGAAACCAUUGGCAACGCGCAUUCGAUUAGACGGCUUCUGGCAACAAGUGAUAUACGAGAAUCUGCCGGAAAUAUGCUUUGAAUGUGGGCGAAUCGGCCACAGAGAAGCAGCCUGCCCGAAUAACCUAGGAACGCUAGCCACAAGCCCACCAUCAUCUAGCAACCCAAGUUAG